AUGAAGGUGAUGAACGCGAAGCGCGUGAGCAAGAUUGCCAGGGGCAAGUUGGGCUCCACAACGGUCCUAACGCGGCUGGAGGUGGUCAUGGCACUUUUCAAGACUGCCGACAAGAGCGCCAAGACAUGCCACGAUGGCGCACGAGGGUCCAAGAUCUCCCGCGAGCGGCGACGAGCGGCGACCCUGAGCGGCGACGGUCUGGCGCGGGGCGCCGCGCGGCGCAUCUUCGGCGCCAGGCGCCAGGCGGAUCCCCGCAAACUCCUGAACACCGAGUCCCUCGACUACGAGAGCGCUUCCGAGUUCAAGAGCCAGUACCAUCUCCUCAGCGCGCAAGGGGGUCCCACGAAGAGGGAGAAAGAGCCCGACGAGAAGCUGUUCGAAAGGCUGCAGGCCUUCGAGCGGCGCCAGCACGCCUGCGUGGGCAUGCUCGUCCUCCUGGUCAUCUCCGUGUGGGGCGCCUUCUUCGCUUGGAACACGUACGUAG